AUGUGGAAACACCGCGUGCAGAAACCCAAAGCGAGCGCGAGCUACCGCUCCAACAUCUCGACCAAGAAGAACUCGCAACUCGUUGCAUCGUCGUGGAACGACCGCGAACCCCCUGCGCCACCUCUGCCCUUGUCCGUCUCGCUCUGUGGCCUCGUGGCCAAUGCCGAAGCCGUGCACGACCGCCUUGGCCUUAGUACUUGCAUUGACAUUGCCACGGCCGCGCAACUUCCUUCGUGUCGCGGCGACAAGCGAGCGCAGUGGAAACGCCUCGAACGCUCGACGGCCUUCACGCUGCUCAAUCGAAAAGACCACGUCUUGGCACUUGCUCAAGUUGAAGCGAGCAUUGAAGAGAUCACACGCAUCUUGGGCGCCACGACCGACCACUCGCAUGCGGCGAGCAUGACGGGUCUCUACGACGACGGCUUCAUUGCCGGCUCCGUGGCCUACGUCCAGCGGCCGCGCGAUUUCCAGGAAGACCAGGAGUAUCACCACUUGGCCGUGAAAGCCACAAACUUUGUGCACUCGCGCUUGCUCGGGAAGAACGAGCAGUGGUGCUACGCCGAGAUAUUGCGGCGCCACGCCGAUGGCAAUAGCUUCACCUUGACCCAGGGCUCGCUCACGACGCAGCAGGCACUGUCUUUGCCGGCUCGUUCGGCUCUAAAAGGUACGUCGCAACGGGUGGCGCAGCUUCGAAACGUCAGUGCUGCCUACUCGGUCGAGCGCCAACCAGGCAGCCAUAGCCUUCAGGUUGUCUUUCAUGCUGCCUAUACCCUGCAGCCCUCUAAGCUCGACGAGUCCUUCUACGACGUCCGUGGUACGCCCGUCGUGAGCCGCAAAGCCGCGCAGAUCCGGUUGCUCCGCCUCGGCCGCAGCAUUGCCCACCUGCCGCAACUCGUGCGCCGACGGCGCUUUGGCGUCCAAAUCUAUGCCGACCGCUCGGCCUGCAACGUCCGCAACGCCCGGUGCACGUGUUGCACACAAAAGCUCGUGGCGUUCUUUGUCCCGCGGACGCAGUGCUACUUGUGCGGCUACUACGUCUGCACGAGCUGUGCCGCGUCGGAAGAGAUGGAGAUCCACAAUGGACAGAUCACGACGAUCAAUAUCUGCGCGCGGUGCCGCUUGAGCGUCGAAGGGUGUGACUACGAGCACAUGAUGUCGGUGAAUGCCGGACCCGAAUGUGUCGUGCCGGACCUGUCGUCGAGUCCGACGACAACGGCCGCCACGGAGUACCUCUCGUCGCCCACGUCGUCGAACUGCACGGCAGAGCUCUCGCCGAGCUCUUCAGUGAGUUCCGACGCCUCGUCAAGUCAAUUGCUGGCCGACCUGCUGGAACAGGUGUCGAACGACGAAGCCAAAGCCGGUCGGCGUCGCGCGGCGCUGACGGUCCUCGCGCAGCUUAUGCUGGCGGACCAAGACAAGACGCAAAUGCAAGUCGACAAGAACGCAAAGCUACUGCAAGACGCGUGCUCUUCGCCCCAGUGUUUGGACGCGUCGAAGGUCGCACUGGACGUCUCGAAGCGGCCGAAGGAUCUCGCUGCGUGUCAGUUUGCAAGCGCAGCGGCGCGGCCGUACCAAAUGACACCUGCGGUCGUGGAGAAGAACGCGGCACCGAAUGCAGAGGUUGAGCCGUUUGUGUACCCUGUGCCGCUGAACGAAGAGGUGCGGCUGAACGCGAUUGAGCAAUUGCGGCUCCAGGACAUUGUCGACGUCCCUGAGCUCAACGUGAUUUGCGCCCUCGCGGCUGCGGAAAUGCAGUGCCCCCACAGCGUCGUGACGCUCGUGGAGCGAGAGAUUGUGCGCUUGCUGGCAACGAAUGCACCCGAUGUGUGGGACGUCGGGAGCCGGAACCCGCGCGAGCAGACGUUCUGCCAGCACUUUGUCAUGGAGGACAAGCCACUGCUCGUGCGUCACGCUGAAGCCGACGUGCGCUUUUACCACAUUGCGCCCGUGAAGCGAAUGAGUCUGCGGUUCUACGCAGGGUUCCCCAUCUACGUCACGAUGAAAGGCAGUCGUGAGCGAAUUGUCGUGGGUGCGCUGUGCUGCAUGGACGGGAAGCCCCAUGAGAUGACGCGGUCGCAGUACUGGCGACUUACGAAACUCGCGACGGCAGCGUCCGAGAUCCUCGAGCGACUCGCGAACGAGCGCCUGGCAUGCUAA